UCAGACAAAAGUAUUUGCAACACCGUUGGGCUCCAGGACUUUGUAAACACCUACUGCCAAAAAAGCUGUGGAAGAUGCGUGCCUCCAACAAGAACUACUCAAUCAUCUGGGGUUCCUUCGACCUGCACAUCUUACAUAUGUGAUUCCAGUUUUGCUUGCAAAGCCUGGGCUCGCAAUGGAUUCUGUACCAGAAAUUUCUACACUAUUGCACAUAGAAAACAAUACUGUGCUACCACUUGCAGAAUUUGCUG